UCAACCAGAUUCGUCUGUUGUUUGUCGUUUGCUAUGCGAUUCAAUUCAGGCAAUGGUGGUUCAAUUCGUGCUAAAAAUGUGACAGGUUUGGGGUUAUUGGAAUGCUCGUAGGAUAUGUAAGUUCAAUCAAAAGUUUUGUAUUCAAAUGAAGGACUGCCUAAACAGUAUGGGUUGUGGGAUGAGUGCUGAAGCUCGGGCCGCCAGAGCACACAGCAAGGCCAUCGAUCGAGAGCUAAGGCAGGAUCGAAUCAAAACCGAAAAAGAUGUGAAACUGUUACUACUAGGUGCUGGAAACUCGGGCAAAAGCACAAUCGUAAAGCAAAUGAAAAUUAUUCACGACAAUGGUUUUUCACCUGAGGACUACAUGUACUAUAAGCCACUGAUAAACAGCAACAUUAUAACCUGUAUGAUGCAAAUCAUCCGUGGUAUGGAUAAGCUUAAAAUUGAAUUCGACGACGAACGAAGACUUACGGAUGCCAAACUCAUUUUUGAAUUGGUGGCGAGGAAUCAGGAACGAGAACCGUUUUAUCCUGAGCUUACAGAAGCAUUAAAACGUCUUUGGGAGGAUGAAGGAGUUAGACAUUGUUUUGAACGAUCCAGAGCCUAUCAGCUCAAUGAUUCAGCAGAAUACUACCUGGAGUCUUUGGAAAGAAUUGGGAGCAGUAAUUACAGUCCAACACAAGAAGAUCUCUUGAGAGUUAGAAACAAAACUACUGGAAUUGUGGAGAUUGAAUUUCAUUUUAAAAGACUUCAUUUUAAAUUAUGUGAUGUUGGGGGUCAAAGAACGGAAAGAAGAAAGUGGAUACAUUGUUUUGAUGAUGUUACAGCGAUAAUAUUUGUUGCAGCAUUAAAUGAAUACGAUAUGAUGCUGGAGGAGGAUGAAACUACGAAUCGCAUGACGGAGAGCCUUAACCUGUUUGAUUCCAUUGUGAACAACGAUUUCUUCGCAAAUACAUCGAUGAUUCUUUUCUUAAACAAGAAAGAUUUGUUUGAAAAAAAGAUCGUGUUUUCGCCUAUCACAGAAUGUUUUAAAGGUUACUCUGGAGAUCAUAGCUUUGAGGACACGUGCAACUACAUUCAGAAGAAUUUCGAAAACAAGAAUCUUAACGAUCGAAAAGAAAUUUACGUCCACAGAACAUGUGCGACAGACACAAAAAAUAUUGACGUUGUUUUCAACGCGGUAACGGACACAAUUAUUGCAAAGAAUUUGAUGAGAUGUGGCUUAUACUGAACAUCAUAACUCUUGCUAUAUAUUUGUACCGUCAGGAGAGAACCAUCGUUUCUUCCUUGGCGGUUCCUUGGUUGAUUUAUGAACCGAAUUUUUAUCGUUUAUCGUUGAUUUUCGACGCGCGGUUUCUUUUGUGAAAACGAAAUAGAAAUGGAUGAUAUAUUUUGGGGUUUUAAAAGUGUGGCAGUGGUGAAAGAGAAGAUGCUGUAUCAUUUCAAAAUUGGACGGUCAGGAAAUUUUAAAUCAGCAUUAUAUUUUGAUGUUCCUAAAUCUAAUUAUUUUACCUCCAUUUGAGGAAACAUUCUUCCAUCAACAAACGUCCAUAAAAUUGUAUAGUUUUGGGCUUCGUUUCAUAAACGGACUUGUCAGUAACUGUUUUUUUUGCCAUCAUUAGUGACGUAUUUUACCAGAGGGUGGUUGGCCGUUAAACCCGGGGUUAAGUGCAAAUGCACGCUGUUAAAAAACCACGCACCCUCCGGGUAAUUUUAGGUGUAACUUGCAGGGUAAUUUCUGCCUAGAUGUCAGUAAACAAGAACAGUGAACAUUACAUGAUUUUACUUUACUGCAGUCGUUUAAUGUUUCUCUCAAUUUCAUUGCUUGGUCGUAUCACUGAAAUUCAAAAGAAAUUGCAUUUCAAGAUGCACCAAAAAUUACCUCGCUUCAUAAAUAUGUCACUUAAUUUAAUCAAACGGUAUGAACUGUCCAAGUAUAAUAAUUUUAGUCUCUAACAGUAGUUCGUUUUUAAUAAUACCAGAAUAUGCGGUUAUCUUGUAUUUAUUUUUAAUAGUCUUCUACGAAAACAGGAAUUUUCGUCAUGGUUGAUCCAUAUAUAGCUUUUAUUCUUUGCCAUCUAAAUAUACCGUUACGUACCCGAUGCGAGCCUUUCCCCACUCCUCUCGCCUUUCCCCCACCCCUC